UGCCUAUACAAUGUGGAUCAGUUUGUGGGCAUUCCAUACGCCGAACCCCCGGUCGGCAAACAUAGGUUCGCAAAACCCGAACCCAUUUCUAAACCAUUCCCCAAUAUAAUUGAUGCGACAAAAGUUAAAAACUCGUGUAUGCAAAAUGCGAUGGCGUUUCCUAAUCCGGAUUCACCCCUCAGUGAGGACUGUCUGGUGCUUAACAUAUGGACAACGAAUACCACAGCAUUAAAGCCAGUGAUGUUUUGGAUAUACGGCGGUGGACUUGUUACGGGUUCAAUUUUUCAAGAGUUAUAUAAUGGGAGCGCUUUGGCCACCAAUGAUGUGGUGGUUGUGUCCGUCAACUAUAGGUUAGGACCGUUUGGUUUCCUAUACGGAGAUCGGGAGGACGCGCCCGGAAAUGUCGGCUUUUAUGACCAGUUAUUAGGCAUGAAAUGGGUUAGAGAAAACAUCCACUCAUUUGGCGGAGAUAGGGAUCGGAUUACCAUUUUUGGUGAGAGCUCCGGGAGUUGGUCGGUGUCCGCACACAUACUCUCCCCGUUAUCUAAGGGUAUGUUUCAGAGGGCUAUUAUGGAAAGCGGUGCCAAUAUGUUCAAUAAGGACAGGGAUGUAGUUAACAAAACUGAGGCCAUAUCUCAGGCCAAAGCAAUGGCCAAAGGAUUGAAAUGCAAUGAAACCGAGGAUUGGAUACAAUGUCUGCGAAGAGCGGACGCCAAAGAGUUGCUCAAAUAUGGAUCGCCUUACGCCUUAUACCCGGUGUUUGGGACAGAGUUUUUACCCAUUCGUCCACAUUAG